AUGUCAAGUUUCCACCAUGCAUCCAAACCUGUGUCUCCUAACCCUCGUACUCAACUUCAAUCCAUAAAUUCUGCAAUUUCGGUAUAUCCAGGAUGCUACAUUUUAAGGCCACUCGGGUCUGACACUGAAUUUGAACAGGGUUUCUCUACUACCAAUGCAGAAAACUGCACGCCAUUAAAGACUCCUGCAAGUGCAGGUCCGAUAACGCAACGUGUUUAUUCUUUGGGAGCUGCUGCUAGUGCUACUGAUACCAGAGGAAAGCAUAGGAUACAAGCGGAGCUCAAACGAAUUGAGCAAGAAGCUAGAUUCUUAGAGGAAGAGCUGGAACAACUUGAUAAGUUGGAGAAGGCUUCGACUGCAUGCAAGGAAAUGCUAAACAAUGUGGAGACUAUACCAGACCCACUACUGCCAAUAACGAAUGGUCCCAUGAACCCAUUAUGGGACCGAUGGUUUGAAGGCCCCAGGGAGUCUAAAGGAUGCAGUUGCUGGAUAUUCUGAUUUUGAUUGCCCUUAACACAGAUUGUCAUUUGUUGGAAGAGUAUUUUUGAUAAAAUGCUACAAUUUUCAAGCAAUACGUGUGUGGUGCAAUGCUUCGCUAGAACAACAAUUUUACAGCAACCUUUUCUUCAGUAAAGGAAAUGUUUCAUUGCGCAAAA